GCGGCUUAUAUUUGGGUGUGCUUAAUAAUCCGGAAAUUACGUUAAUCAUCUAGUUAUGUAUAUUUGUAUGUGAAUGCAGAACUGUUUGAAGAGCGAUUCAAGAUUUUCAGUUUUCUCACUUUUAUCGCCUCAGUAAAUAAUGGUGUAUUAAACUUUUUUUUUUUUCUUUCUUACAGAUUUUAUACGAACAAUAAAUUUUAGCUAUAAAAUAUUGCCGUCACUGUAUUUGUUUGGGCUACUUGCUGUCAGCAAAUGUGCAGGCUUGUGAUCAGUAAAUUCUGUUUGAGGUAGAAAAUUGAUAGGGCCAUGCCAUGGAUUUCCAUUGUUAUGUGCAAUAUGCUGCAGGGUUGUUUAUGCUGUGUUGGACCAAACAUUAAUUUGUAAAUUGCAAGUAGUUGCUGGUUGUAUUUACAUUCGUCUGCAGUGACUUGUAUGCUGUGCAAAUAGCUAAAGUGCAAACCCUGAAGGAUAAGACUCAAGUAAUUAGUUUGUUUCAAAAGUAAGUGAUUAUACAAAUGAUUUGUAAACAAACAUUACAACAAAAAAUCAGUCGAUACAAAGUCAAUCUUAUUUUAGAGAAUGUGUAAAGAGUCGAUGGAGGUUUGUGAUUUCACUGAUAGACCUUAGAAAAGGAGUUUCUAAGUUUAGAGCUUAGAAAGGGACACACCAGGAGCACUAAGUUUGAAGACCUGAGCUGCAUGUAUCUUUGACGGGUACCUGGGUAUGUUGCAGAGCCUUUUGAUGCCUGGAAUGCAAAGACAAGUAUUGAAUUAGAUUUUUGCUGUAUCAGAGUGUCAGUGGAGUGAACUCAGAAUGGGGUCAUGUGUGAGGAAAUUUGAGGUUGGGAAUCAGGCAAGCAGCAGCAUUCUGAAUCAUCUGUAGAGAAGAAAUUGCAUAUAAAGGGAGACUAGCAAGUAGCUAAAUCUGGAAAUAAUCAUAAUCUUUGAGAUUUGAUUACUCGGCCCAGCGAUUUUAGUAUACAGGGAAACAAGACAGAACCAAGUAGUGACCCAUGAGGGACUCCAGCAGUACGGCUGUUAGUUCAUGAAAGUAAACUGCUACAUGGUAGGGUCAAUCCUGUUGGUAUGAUGAGUGUUGAGAUGGCAGAUUGGUUUUGAUUUAAGCUUCACUGACUACCAGCAGGGGCCAUUCUGUAGAACACAUAACCUUGUAACCUGACUGUCGGCACACCAGAGAUCAUUUGCUUGUCUGGAGAAGUCUGUAUAGUAUUAAAUCAAGCAAUCAGGUCAGACAAUUCUUUAGGUCAAAGACACGUUGUAGAUUUCGAAUUAAAGCAGGCAGGUUUAGUGCAAGGAUGGAAGAGACGAAUGAUGCAAGCAUUGCUCAAUAUUAGCAAGAUUUGUGGGUACGCCUUCAUCCAAUUUCUAGCGCUGUAAAGCACUGUUGUCUCAGCGGAGACGGACUAAUUCCAAAGACAUGGAGAGGGCUGUGCAGAGGGUAGAAGACACUCAGCAGCCAGAUCUGAUCUAUUAGUGCUUGGAUGAGAGCAAAGUAGAAGAGAAUGAAGAUGGAAACACGGUUUUAACAGUUCUAAGAAGGUAGAGUAUAGUGAAGAAAUGGAUGAGAAAACAACACAUUUUUGGAUAUGAGAAGAGGAGAUAAUGUGCAAUUUGACACGAUGGUUGCAAUGUAAUAGUUGCUGCUUGUUUUGUGGUGAGUGCAGGUGAUACCAGUUGAAUAAUCAGAGAUGGUGAAUGACCAGAAUGUGCCACAAAUUUGCUCAUUGAAAUUUUUGCUCAUUGCAAUUUUGGGAAUGCCGAAAUAAGAGACUAGAAGUGCCAAGAGGAGCUGUAGAACAAUUAUUAUAGAAUAUGUACAAGGUUUCCAGACAUUUACUAAUCUAAAUGUCCAAAGGAUUCUUUAUCUAAGAGGUGCAACCAAGACACCACCCCAAGCAGAAGUUCUAGGAGUGCUAGAGAAAGUGGUGGAAUAUGCAGAAUAUGUGGAUUUGUUUUCCUAGUUGAGCCCAAGUCUCUGUGAGUACCAUGAAGUGAAAUGAUGAACUACCAACCAACCUAGGCUGUGAUGAAGUUAGCAUUGUACACAACUGGCAGGCAGGUCCAGAAGUCUUCAGAUCUUGGUGGACAGAUAAGAUGGGAUGUCCAGGUCCCAGUGUGUCCGCUGUGUAAUACCCCCAUUCCGAUUAAAAGAGGGGAAAUGCCAGACAUUAAAGUUGGAGAGCACAUAGACCGUGACUGCAAGUCAGACCCUGCACAGAGGAAACGAAAGAUUUUUACAAAUAAGUGCUCUAAAGGAGGCUGCAAGCAGAAGGAGAUGAUUCGUGUAACAUGUGACCAAUGCCACUUGAACUACUGUCUUAAGCACAGACAUCCACUGGACCAUGAUUGUAAGACUGAUGGCAAACCGGUCUCCAAAUCAGGACAUGCUGCUUUAAUGAGAGCUCAGGGUCCCUCCAGCAGCAGUGCUGCAGGCUCAUCUAUUCUAGUGAACGCGACCGGAACGAGCCGAACUCGUGCUCAGAAUGUUGGUUCACAAAGGAAUUCAGCCCCCUCUGUGGUUCCCCCCUCAGCGCCGAAUGUAAUACCUACAUCAGCAUCCUAUCAGGCUGGACUGACAGAAGAGCAGGCUCUCCAGCGUGCAUUAGAGAUGUCACUGGCUGAAACGGCCCAAAACACGCCGUCUGCUCUCAGUCCUCAGGAGCAGGAGGAUCUGGCCUUGGCCCAGGCCCUCGCUGCUAGUGAGGAAGAGUUCCAACGACAGCAACAGAGACAACAGGGGAGGGAUUCCAAGCAGUCCAACUGUCGUUUGUCUUAAAAUCAGAACAUGCUGACAGAGCGCAAUCUGCCUCAUUUUAAACACACACAAACUUAUUGGACUAUUCUGCAACCCAGCACACACGUACUGGGAAUGCCAAAAUAGUUCUUUUUCAAACAGAGCUUUAUGUACAUAUUUUAUAUCGUGUCCAUGUUAAUCAAUAUACAAUGUAGAUGUUUCUGAAAAUAAAUUAUUUUAAACAUU